GACGGAAGUUUAUUUGGGAGAUUGAUAAAAUUUUCAUGAGUGAUGGCAACGUUAGAGACAGUGCCUAAAGAUUUACGGCAUUUGCGAGCUUGUCUGUUGUGUUCGUUGGUUAAAACUAUAGAUCAGUUUGAGUAUGAUGGUUGUGAUAACUGUGAUUCCUACCUACAAAUGAAGGGGAAUCGAGAAAUGGUGUACGACUGUACCAGUUCGUCUUUUGAUGGGAUUAUUGCAAUGAUGAGUCCUGAAGACAGUUGGGUCUCUAAAUGGCAGCGGAUAAGUAACUUCAAGCCAGGCAUAUAUGCAGUAUCAGUGACAGGACGGUUACCUCAGGGUAUUGUAAGGGAAUUGAAGAGUCGAGGUGUGAUCUACAAAUCAAGAGAUACUGCUAUCAAAUCUUAAUGGCUCGACUUUGCCGUCAAAAUUAUUACUAAUGAUUCUUUCCAGCUAGGUUUCACCGUUUCUUAUUUGUAACUAGACUAUUCUGUAAUGUUCUUAUUGCAGAUAUAUUGCAAUGCAUUUAUGUAUCACUGAAUUGUUUUUCUUUUCUCCAAGAAAGAGUACACCAGUUCAUAUUUUUUUAACUUUAAAUUGACUGCUUAGUGCUGAUUGCAGUGAAGUUCUACUAUGUAAAUGGGAAGCAUCAAGUGUUUAGGUAUCUACAAUCCCAAAACUACUUUGGGGAGAAGCAAAAGUUGAAGAAUGGAUUUGCUAGUAUUUAUUGAAGAAUUGAGAACUCACAAGUUGCUGUUUAAAUUCAAGGAUUGUAUAAAGAUUUGUACCUUGGGUGUCCGUUGCUGUAGUUGUGGGUAUGUUAGCUUAGCUGGGAAAUUGAUUUGCAGACAUUUUGUUCCUUGUCUAGGUGACAUCUUCAGUGCUUUGGAGCCUCCUGUGAAGUGCUGCUCUACUGUCUCUUCUGGAAAUUAUUUGAAUCUGUUCUUGCUGUUUCUGUUUGCCAGUUCCAGUCGUUUGUUGUAGUGGUCGGUAUAUACCCUAUAUACUGAAGUACAGCAGCACUUCACAGGAGGCUCCAAAGCACUGAAGAGGUCAACUGGACAGCGGAUGAAGUCUGCAAAUCGACUUCCCAACUCGGCGAUCAUACCCACAACUAUGGUAUGUUGUUUAAAUUUCAAAGGCUUGCAGUCUUCUUUUUGUAUGCUGUUUCAUGUGCAGCAAUACUUUUUGGAGAAUAUUAUAAUAAAGAGGAAAACGAAAUAAUAAAACAACCCAAAAUAUUCA